GCUGCCGGCCCGGUUGCGUCCCCGCCUCACGCCGAGAGCGCGGCAGCGGGAAGGGCCCUUCACGUCGCAGCUAUGGCUGCCAAGGGGAUGGACGAGCGUUCCCCCUUGCUCUCCGCGCCCGGCUCCGGCAAUGUCACCCCGACCGCGCCGCCCUAUUUGCCGGACAGCAGCCCCCGAGCAGAGCUUCCUCCUCCAUAUACUGCCAUUGCAAGUCCAGGUGCCAGCGGUGUUCCUGUAAUAAAUUGCCGUGUGUGCCAGUCGCUAAUCAAUUUGGAUGGCAAGCUACACCAACAUGUUGUUAAGUGCACAGUUUGCAAUGAAGCUACGCCAAUCAAAAACCCUCCUUCAGGGAAGAAGUAUGUUAGAUGUCAAUGUAACUGUCUCCUUAUCUGUAAGGAUACGUCUCGGAAAAUAGGCUGUCCAAGACCAAACUGUAGACGCAUCAUUACUCUUGGUCCAGUAAUGCUGAUCCCAGAAGAGCAGCCAGCUCAGCCUGCCUUGCCAGUUCAACCAGAUGGAACUAGAGUGGUGUGUGGGCACUGUGGAAAUACGUUCCUUUGGAUGGAGCUGAGGUUUAACACACUAGCAAAAUGCCCACACUGCAAAAAAAUUUCUUCUGUUGGAAGUGCACUGCCACGGAGGCGCUGCUGUGCAUAUAUUACAAUUGGAAUGAUAUGCAUCUUCAUUGGAGUUGGAUUAACUGUUGGUACACAAGAUUUUGCCAGGCGGUAUCACGCAACGUAUGUUUCUUGGGCUAUUGCUUAUCUCUUAGGUUUAAUCUGCCUCAUCCGAGCCUGCUACUGGGGAGCCAUUAAAGUCAGUUAUCCAGAACAUAGUUUUGCGUAGAGAAAUUUAGGUUAUAGCAGAUGAACAUCUAGUAAUUCUGGAUAUUACAUCAUGGACACUUUUAAACCUUCCCUUUAAGGAUUCCAUUCUGUUCAAAGUAGUUUUAAGACUGGGGGUCUCUAAGAACAAAUGUUCAUUGCACUGCAUAAUAUGCAAAUAGUUUGUUUUGCUGCUAGAUUCCCUAGCUCUGAAUACUAAAGCUGUGUUUACAUGUUCAUAACUCUGUCUUUAUAGGUGUUGAAUUUUAUUUCAACAGACAGUAUUAAGUUUUACAUUUCUUUUGUUAUGUUAAAAUCCGUCUGCCAUUUUUCUAGAUGAUCAGUAAGAAUUCAAAAGCAAGUGUUUAUAAGUGUUUCUACAGUAGCUUCACAUUUGUACUUAACAUUUUAACUAAAAUUAUAUCAAAGUGGCUUGCUUUAAAACCUAAGCAAUAAGCAUUUUGCUUGAACUGCUUACUGUAUCUUUUGCCUAAGAUCAUAGUGACCUUAUUCAGGAAAUGAAAGUUGUGAGUGUACUUUAAAAGACUGACACUGUUGCUAGAGAGACAUUUGUAAACACUGUAUGCUUCAAGAUUUUUCAGGUAGAAAGACGCUGUUUUGGUAGUCCAAUGAAAUUUCCAUUUAUCCAAGAUUGGAUUGCAGUUAGGAUAAAUCCCUUCUUAAGGAUCCGUGGAUGUAGGUGUUUGGGUUUGGUUUGGGUUUUUUUGGUUUUAUUUUUGUUUGUUUGUUUGUUUUAUUAACUGGCAAAUCCUAAAAGCCAAGCUCAGAUAAUGGAACUUAACUCUGGUUGUAUGUACAAGUUCCUUAACAGGGUCUAAGGGAAGCAUUUUGUAUGACUUUCAUAAUACUUCAAUGUCACAUAGGUGGCAAUAAGAUGGUGAUGAGUUGCCUCUUACUUUCCUCUGAUCGUGUCGGAAUUUCCCUGUUUGGGAGACUGAAGCACUGGUCACUGCAAAGGGAGACACUGUAAAUUCACAUUAACUGCUGUAAUAAGAAAAUGAGCAAAUUAUAACGUGGACCAUUCCAUCGAAGUACAUCUAGUCAAUUUAGCACUGACUUGCGAAUACGAAAACAGAAUCUUUUCUAAUGAUGUAUUCACAAGGAUUGAGGGACCAGUUCUUGCACUGCCCAUCUUGUAGUUUAAACAAGUUCUUGCUAAAUUUGGAAGGAAUGUCCUGAGUGAUUUAGAUGACUGUAGUGAUUUAGAUAAUGGGGUCAGAUGGGUAAAUUAAUGUGGAUGUUUCAGGGAUACAUGUAAUUUAAAUUAUCUAUGUUCCUGCUAAGACAAAAUGAUAUUCAGAUAAGGAUUUUGGAGCACAAUAAAUGUAAAUGAUCAAACUGUAAAUGAUCUGUCUUUGUAUGAUGCUAAAUGUAUAAAAGCAGUAGCUCAGGAUUACAAUGUACCUUUUACAAAUAAACUAAUAAAGAAAUAAAGAUUAUUAUUCAAACUUAAAA